GCGGGGCGGGGAGCCAUGGCGGCCAUGGUGGCUGAGCAGCGUGAGUUGGGGCGGCUCUCGGCACUCGCCGUGUACCGCCGGAUGGCGGGAGCCGGGCGGAUGGAGCGGCGCUGCCGCGGGGCCCCGCUGCCCGCGGGUCGCAAGCGGGCCAAGGCCCGCCCGAGGCGCGGUCGGGCGGGAGGCGGCGGCUCGGAGUCGAAGGCGCCUCCGCCCGCCGCACCCCCGAGCCGCGUGGAGCUCCCCGUGGAGGCCCCCGUGGAGGCCCCCGUGGAGGCCCCCGUGGAGGCCCCCGUGGAGGCCCCCGUGGAGGCCCCCGUGGAUCCUCGGCCCGAGGCGACGGCCGCCGGGCCUGAUGCGAAACCGCGUGGCGGCCCCAAGGCGAUGCCAGGCGGCCCGCGGCCGGCGGGGGGGGACGGCGGCGGUGUGUCGGGACUGCUGCGGCGGCUGGCGCGGCUGGAGGACAGCCGGCAGCGGGCGGCCGAGCUCUUCCGCUGGCUGCUGGCCCCUGUAGCGCCGGCGGAGUUCCUGGGGCGGCACUGGGAGCGGGCACCGCUGCUGCUGCGGCGGGGCGACCCCGGCUACUACGCGGGGCUCUUCUCCACGGCCGACUUCGACGCCGCCCUGCAAGGAGGAGAGGUUCACUUCGGCACCCACCUGGAUGUGACCAGCUAUGCCGAGGGAGUGCGGGAGACGCACAACCCCUCCGGAAGAGCCCUGCCCGCUGUCGUGUGGGACUUCUACCAGAACGGCUGCUCCCUGCGCCUCCUCUGCCCGCAGGCGUUCUCCCCUACCGUCUGGCACUUCCUCUCCAUCCUGCAGGAGCAGUUUGGCAGCAUGGCAGGCGCGAACACCUACCUCACGCCCCCGGGUACGCAGGGCUUUGCCCCCCACUAUGAUGACAUCGAGGCCUUCGUGCUGCAGCUGGAGGGGAAGAAGCACUGGCGUGUCUACAGGCCCCGAACAGAUGCUGAGGUGCUGCCCCAGUUCUCCAGCACAAACCUCACGCAGGCUGAACUCGGUGAGCCUGUGCUGGAGACUGUGCUGGAGGCUGGAGACCUGCUGUACUUCCCCCGUGGCUUUAUCCACCAGGGUGAUUGUCUCCCUGAUGCACAUUCACUCCACAUCACUGUGUCUUCCUACCAGAGGAAUUCCUGGGGGGACUUUCUGGAGAAGCUCCUCCCAGCUGCCCUUCAGAUGGCCCUGGAGGAAGAUGUGGAGUACCGACGGGGGCUUCCAAUGGACUACCUGCAGUAUAUGGGGGUUGCUAACUCUGACACAGUUGAUGCUCGGCGAACGGCUUUUGUGGAGAAGGUGCAGAGCCUGAUAAAGAAACUUGUUGACUAUGCACCCAUUGAUGCUGCUGUGGAUCAGAGAGCCAAGUCGUUUCUUCAUGACUGUCUCCCUCCAGUGCUCACGCAAAGUGAAAAGGCACAGAGUGUCUAUGGCUUCCCGGCCCGGUGGCAAGAUGGAGGCCCCUGCAAUGUUGAUAUCCUGAUAACAAAAGACACCGAAGUACGCCUGCUCCGUCAUGGCAUCGUUAGACUGUGUAAUGAAGAAGCAGGUGUGAUGCUGUACUACACUACAGAAAACUCAAGAGUGUAUCAUAAGGAAGAACCCAAGUUCCUUGAGCUAGAUCCUGAAUAUACAGACAGUAUAGAAUUUCUUCUGUCUUCCUAUCCAAAUCAUGUAAGUGUGGCUAACCUUCCAUGUGAAACCUUGGAGGAAAAGAUUUCUCUAGCUACACUUCUGUUUGAGAAAGGUAUUCUGACUACAAAGAAGCCUCUGGCAAAAAUCUAACCCUUAUUUUUUCACAAAAUAAAAGUACACUUGUUUAGAAAA